AUGGCCGUGGCUAUGGACCUCAGCAACUUCACGCACAAAUCCCUCAUCACCACUCCCCACAGACUGACCUAUAGUUACUACCUCUCACCAUUCUUCCAGCAACAGACCACCGAAAACCCCUCUAAUCCGGCCAUCCUCCUCCUUCAUGGCUUCCCUGAUCAAGCGGCGAUGUGGUCCGGAGUGGUCCCCUCCCUCCUCCAGCUCGGCUACGCCUCAUACCGCUACAACUACCGAGACCAAGCCGCUUCCUUGGCCCAGAUUCUCGAGCACGAGAACGUCGCUAGCGAUGGCCGUAUCAUCCCCUGUGGGCAUGACUGGGGAUCUGCUACUGCGCAACGUUUCUACCUGUACCAUCGCCACUUGUGCCGAGGCCUGAUCCUGCUCAGCCUUGCAUACCAAAUUCCUAGCCCCAAGCCGUUCAAUCUCGAGGAGCAGAACGCCGCGACAAGUAAACGGUUUGGGUACCCACAGUGGGCGUACUGGGAGUUUUUUACUGCCCCUGAUGCUCCGGAAACGAUGCGCCAUAAUCUAGAGCGGUUCUGGGACGUCAACAACGGCUUCCAGCCCGGUAAGGCCGAAGGCGGGAACGGAGUUGAGGGCGAGGACGGACGAGAUGUGUGGAUGCGGGAAAUGUUCUGCGAGUCCGGCUCAAUGCGCGCCUACAUUGAGGGGACGGGCAAGUAUAAGGACUGGACGGUGCAGCCCAAAAAGUACCCAAACUGGCAGCAGGAGAAGGAGAGGUUUGUGCAAAGGUUCAGCAGAGAUGGGUUCGAGGGCCCGGUGUGCUACUAUUUGAGCUUGAAGGGCAACACGAUGCUAGAGGACGAGAAGUGGCUGUGCGAGAGGGAAGGACAGGAGGAUAGGAGGAGGAUAGAUGUUCCGCUGUUGUUCGUGGGGCAGACUGGGGACUGGGUCUGUCGGACUGAUUUGAUGAAGGACGCUAAAGACCAGGGUCUGGUCAACGAUGUGACAGAAAAGGUCUUGGACGCCGGACAUUGGUGGGCAUACGAAAAGCCGCAGGACAUGGGCGGGAUCAUCGCGGAUUGGCUGAAGGAGAGGUUCCCGAUCAAGUGA